AUGGGUAAGCUGGAGACUGCGGCCAAAACCUUUGGGGGCAUGUCGCCCCUCGGGGUGGCGUCGUGUCUUUUCCUCUCCGCCGGCGCGUUUUUCAUUUUCGCCAGCAACAAGCAGAUAGCCAAGCACUCGGCGGAGAAUUUUCGCAACAACAUGCACCUCUUGUACGAAAAUCCCCAGGACUGGUCCUGUUUCUACUCGGCCAAGCAGUACCGCGAGGAGUGCGACCAGCUCAACAGGCGUCGUGGCCUCGAGUACAUGGACGGGAUAUGUGACAGGCUCGAAAAGAAGCUGACAAAGUGCAGAGCUGAACUCUACAGGGAGAUCUCCACACUCGCUCCGUACGCCAUGGACCCUCCGCUGGAGCUGGACGAGCUCCCCUACUGGGUCCGCCAGAAUAAACGAAAUUAG